AUGCCGUCUCGACGCUCGUCGGGCUCCGAAGCCGAGUACGUGCUGAUGCCCGUGCGCAGCCACGCGGGGAGCGACUAUGGGCGAUCCCGCCGCGCCCGAUCGCCCGAAGAGGUUGUGGUCAACAAUUUUCUCGGCGUUCCAGGACAAGGCGCUCGACCACGGGCGUCCAGCCAAGGCGGCGGGCCGGCACCCACCAUCGUCAACAUCGGUGGUUUGCCGACAGUCGCGGGAGGGCGGCACACUUCGCGCAGUCGAAGCCGGCACCGUCGUCACCGCAGCGGAUCUUCGAGCUCGGAAUAUUCCAGCGAAGAUGAUCGAUCGCGGUCACGACAUCGUAGAGGCCGCGGUCGCCGAGGCAGACCCCUGUAUGAGGAAGAUCUGGUGUCUCGCCCAAAGGCCUUGCUUGAAGAUGACCUCCCGUAUCAUAUCCGGCGAGACCUGGACUAUGCCCGCAUGCAGCGCAAGGAGGACGAGGAGCGACGGAUCCAGGACCGCAUCAAGCGUGAUCGCGAGCUGGAAAAGAAGCGAUGGAAGUUGGAAGAGGAGGAAGAGCAUCAGCGCAGAAAGAAAGAGCGCGAGGCUAUCCUGCUGGAAGCCAAGCUCGAGGAGGAACGGAAGAAGAAGGACGCCGAAGAGUUGAGGCAGAAGAUCCUGAAGGAUGAAGAGGAGAAGGCGAGGAAAGAGAAGGAAAAGAAGAAGGCCGAGGACGAAGAGUUUGAGCGCAAGGUCAAAGAGAAAUUCAUGAAAGCUGGCUACAGCAGCGAAUACAUCGAAGAAGUACUGCACAAGAAGAAAUCCGAACAAGCCAGUCUGGCCAUCGACCUCCACCGCCCGACCUACAUCAAAGUCAACCGCAAGUAUCUGCAUCCCGACACUUUGGAUGCGUACGGUCUGCCAUGGGAAUGGGAUGGGCGCGACGACGAAUACAUCAUCAUCAAGAAAUACAUCGACCACACCCUCCAAGACGAAUUGUUCGAACACACGCGCCGGCUCAAGGACCGCAAACUCAUCACGGGCCCGUAUAUCAAGGAAACCAAGGUCGUGACCAAACUCAGUCCGAACGAUCACGUCCGCAAGGGCGGCGAUAAAAUGUACGUGGUCCGAGAGAAGAGUAAGAGUCCGGCCCGGAGUCGGAGGUCUAGUUGGAUGUUUACCUAG